AUGCUACCCGCGUCUCUCUCUCGGUCCUUGUAUUCCAACACACUCAGGCAUCAUCUUUCAAAAGCUUUACACAGCAUCACCACCAUAAGAAAAAUGUCAUCCUCCAUCGAUAUCAGCAAGAUCAAUUCUUGGAACAAAGAGCUGCAAUCGGACUUGACGCACCAAUUGGCCACCACCGUUCUCAAGAACUACAACGCCGAUGACGCGCUCUUGAACAAGACUAGGCUGCUGCAGCAGGACAACAGAAUCUUCAACACCCUCGUCUCCACCGAUUCCACCCCCGUCACCAACCAAAAAAGCUCCGGUAGAUGCUGGCUAUUUGCCGCUACCAACCAAUUGCGUUUGAACGUCAUAUCCGAAUUGAACUUGAAAGAGUUCGAACUGUCCCAGGCUUACUUGUUCUUUUACGAUAAACUAGAAAAAGCAAACUAUUUCCUGGACCAAAUCAUCUCCUCCGCUGGCGAAGACGUCGAUUCUCGUCUGGUACAGUACUUGUUGGCUGCCCCCACCGAAGAUGGUGGUCAGUAUAGCAUGUUCUUGAAUUUGGUCAAGAAGUACGGCCUUGUCCCCAAGGAUCUGUACGGAGACUUGGCUUAUUCCACCACUGCUUCCAGAAAAUGGAAUUCGCUGUUGACCACCAAGUUGAGAGAAUUUGCUGAGACUUUACGAACUGCCUUGGAAGAGCACUCUGCUGGCGACUCCGAAAUUGCCAUUUUGAGGGAGGAAAUGCAAAUGGAGAUCUUCAGAUUGAUGUCUUUGUUCAUGGACUUGCCCCCAGUGCAACCAAACAAAGAGUUCACUUGGGAAUAUGUCGACAAAGACAAGAAGAUUCACACUAUCAAGUCGACCCCAUUGGAGUUUGCCACCAAAUACGCAAAGCUGGACACUUCCAAACCAGUCUCAUUAAUCAACGACCCAAGACACCCAUACGGCAAGCUGAUCAGGAUUGACCGUUUGGGUAACGUCCUCGGGGGCGACGCCGUGCUUUAUCUAAAUGUCGACAAUGAAACAUUGUCCAAGUUGGUCGUCAAGAGGUUGCAAAACAACAAGGCUGUCUUUUUCGGUUCUCACACUCCAAAAUUCAUGGACAAGAAGGUCGGCGUCAUGGACGUCGAGUUAUGGAACUACCCCGCCAUCGGCUACAACUUGCCCCAAGAAAAGGCCUCACGUAUCAAGUACCACGAAAGUUUGAUGACCCAUGCAAUGUUGAUCACUGGUUGCCACGUCGAUGAGACGUCCAAGUUGCCAGUCCGCUACCGUGUAGAAAACUCCUGGGGAAAAGACUCCGGUAAGGACGGCCUGUACGUCAUGACUCAGCAAUACUUCGAGGAGUACUGUUUCCAGAUCGUAGUCGACAUCGAUGAGUUGCCCGAAGAAUUGGCCACAAAAUUCACCUCGGGUAAAGAAGAACCCAUUGUUUUGCCCAUCUGGGAUCCAAUGGGCGCUUUGGCCAAAUAG